UCGUCCAAGGGUUUCGCUUAAAACAAAAAGAAAAUUGUCCAACAGCAGGGGCAAUAUAUCGCGUUCAAUUAACCUGGUUCUCCAUUCAUCUCCUUUCUGGAAAAAAGUCCAACGAUUCCCGCCCCGGUCUCGGGUCCUCGGCGCUCCCAUCCCCGAUCAACGAUUUCCAGUCUCCGAUUCAUUUCUGGUGCGUAGCCACUUCCUUCAAAUCUCCUCCUCUCUCGUUGUCAUUUUCAUGCUUCGUCAGACUGUGUGCUUUCUGUAGGAUUUAGGGAUACGGAUUGGGGAUCGAUUGAAUCCGAACUCGGUAUAUAGGGUUUCGUCCUUUUACGUUUGUGCUUUCGUUGGUUGAGUGUGAGUGCGGUGUCUCUAUACAUUGAAAUAUGCAGACCUUUUCCUCGAUUGCUGUUGCAAAGUGGAAUUUUCUCGAUUUUGGUGGAGAUGUUUAACUGCUCGAAUCCCUAACUUAAUCGACUCUGAUUUGUAUUGGCUUGUUUGAUCCAUCGAAAAGGGAGAUUGCGGAUGUGUUUGGGGCAGGGACUAGGGAGUUACCGCUUAUUCUUGAUGUGUUCUUGAUGGGCAUCACUAUCACAUAACUGAUCGAUUAGGAAUGUCGUCUUGACCUGUGAUUCUUAGUAUCUGUGUUUUGGAAUACCGAAGUUUAUGUCAACCUUCAAUUCUAAAAAUAUGUCAUGUUGAAUGUUUGAUCGUGGGAAUACUUCGAUUGAAUGAUAUAUUGCCUAAGAUGGAUGCAUGCUUGGAGUAUAUCUUUUGAGUUUCCAAGGUGCCAAACAACCUUAGGUUACUGUCUUCUCGUUGCUAUCGCUCGAUUUAUCGGCUUUUAGCUUAACCCUCAUUUCUUUGUGUUUGCCCUUCUGGAGGCACUAGGAUAUUCUAUAUCGUUGUUGUCCCCACAUUACGAUAUGGAGUGUGUUUUGCCAGUGGUAAUGAGCUCAAGUUUAUAACUUAGGCAGCUUGUUAGUGGUGUGGUGACGGUGGGUUUCUUGGAGCAUCAGUUUUAUCAGCCAUUUCGAACACCUGUAUUGUUAGAAUUAACUGUUGGUAUAAUGGGUAUGGGUUCAAUAGCUGAGAGAGAUUGACUAUCUAAGUAUAUAAGUUUUUCGAAGGCUAACCUUCGUAAUGGUUGAUUUUCCCCCCUCCUUUGCAGUUGAUCAUGUCAGGCAAGUACGUAAUUGGUGCUAUAGCAGCAUCAUUCCCAAUUGCUUAUUUAUGCGACACACUUGUAUCUGAUGUGAAGAUAUUUGGCGGCUCCACUCCGGGUACAGUCUCGAACAAGGAAUGGUGGGAGGAAACUGACAAGAAAUUUCAGGCAUGGCCUCGCGUUGCCGGUCCACCAGUUGUGAUGAACCCCAUCAGUCGCCAGAACUUCAUCGUUAAGUCCCGAGAUUGAGUGCUUGUUGCCUCUCAUGAUAUUUUUUUUUGAGUAUAUGAGUUGAUGGGUUUGAAAAUAACUUAGUUCAACUACAUUAUGUUUGGCCUUCAAUACUCUCUAUCAUUAUCAAGGCUGUGGCCUUGAUGUCAAGAUUUUUCCCCCCUGAAAAAAGGAAUUUGGCUGUGAAUUCUGUUUCUUGAAUCAUAAUAAAUCUUGAUUUUUUUUUCACUCAUUGAAGCUCUUUUGUUGUAAGCGUUCAAUGGUUGUGUAUUGUGAUGCUCGCACUGAUCUGAUCAUCAGUAUGUGACAUAACUGAUGGAACUGACUGGGUACUAAAAUGUCAUAAUGAAAAAUUUUAGGUACCAAAAUGUAAUUUUCCAAUGAUAUUUGGUAUAAAAAUUAAUUUUUGGUACCAAGAUGUAAAAUAUAUAAAGUAUAGGUACUAACUCAUAAUUUGUCAUUUGGAUCCAUGGAUCAAUCCACGAAUCCACCAAUCCAAUUCGUUUUGAUUUGAUCCAACAUUGUGAAACGAUGUAUGGAUUAGGAAUAGGAUCGACAAUUAGGAUUCAUUUAAAUCCAAUCCAAUCCACCAACCUAUUAAAAAUAUCCACCUAAUCCAAUCCAUUUAAAUCCAAUCUAUUUUAUCCAAAUCCAAUUAGGUGGAUAUUUUUAAUAGGUUGGUGGAUUGGAUUGGAUUUAAAUGAAUCCUAAUUGUCGAUCCUAUUCCUAAUCCAUACAUCGUUUCACAAUGUUGGAUCAAAUCAAAACGAAAACUUUCUCCUUGAAUAAUCACUUCAUUUGGGUGAUCUCUUAGAGUAUCUCCACCACCUUCUUCAUCUUUGGCCUUUUCGCAGCGGUGCUGUCUGUGCUCAGUUUAGCAUCGAGAAUCUGCUCCGGAGAUGACGGAGUCUCUCCUCUUCCUGGUGCACCAUGAAGCCACUUUCACCAAAUCCACCCCUUCACCAAACUCUUCCUCCACCAAAACUCAAAGGUACGACAUACCUUGAGUAUGAAAACGUUGGCUAGAUCUCGAAUUAACUAAACCCUAACUCUUGAUGAGUGAACCCUAGGGAUUAGUUAUCUAAAUCAUAGAGCCUUACCCCUGAGAUUGUACAUGUAAUUUAUUGCAUAUAUUUCGAUGAAUCAUGACCGUACUUUUUCAUUUCUAAUUAACUUGAUCUUAGUGUAUGAGAUUUAUAGAAUUAAGAUCUAGAUUUUAAUCUUCAAGGGUUUAUGAAUAGUAUCAUGUCCCAAAAUCCGGCCAAUUCAAGGUCUAGAUAUCAUUUUCUUACUCAAGGUAUGCUAUACCUUUUGCUCAAAGUACAAUAGAAUCACAACUAGUUAAUCCAAUAUGAUGAUAUAACAUAGAAUCACAACUAGUUAAUCCAUUACCCUAACCCAUUCACCUUCAAUUUUGAAUCCAAAUAAAAAAAUCCCAAAUUGUACACCUAAACCCUAACCCUAAAUCCCCAAAGCCUAAAUCAUUCAAAUUAAAGUUAAUCUUGAAUUAUUUUUGAAAAUAUUCAUGUGUUUUGUUAUUCAUCAUACCAAAAGUGACGAUUGACAUCGUUUUCACAUGAAUCGCAUGCUCGUAAUGACGAUUAUGAGGCGAGUACAUUGAAUGCACCCAAAAAAGUGGAUCCACUAAAUAUGCCACCAUGAUACAUGGCAUUUAAGAAUAAGUGUCUUAGGAGACCCUUGAUACUUCAAUUGUAACUGCCUAACUGGUACAUCGGCUUUGUUUGGAUGGAUCAAUUGAAAAACAAGACAAUUUGAUUAAUUUGACUCAUUUUAUAAAAUCAGCCAAUUAAAAAGAGUCAAUUCGAAUUACCUGCCUCCAUUCUAAACAAUUAUAAUUGCAUCAAAACGAGUCAAUUCAAAAUUCCCCAAAUAAAAUUGCUCCAUCCAGAUUUUAUGUUGUCAAACUUGAUCUAAAUAUCUCAAAACAAUACAAUUUAGUCAAAUUC